AUGAUUCUACAAAAACAUAACUCUAAACUACAAUCACUCGACUUUUUCUUGGGAGAUAAACGUAUUGAUAUCACAAACGAAUACACUUAUCUCGGUCUAAAACUGACUCCUAACACUAAAUUUUCAGUUGCGACUCAGCAACUCAGUGAAAAGGCUAUGCAUGCCUUAUUUAAAAUACGGAAAAAUCUUGAUUUUCAGAAACUUACACCAAAACUUGCCAUAAAAAUCUUUGAUGGCAUAGUCUCUCCAAUCUUACUUUAUAACUCUGAGGUUUGGGGAGCCUAUGGUAACAACGAUUUCACUAAAUGGGACAAAAUUAGUACUGAGAAAACACAUCUGAAAUUCUGCAAACUCUAUUUAGGUGUGAACAGGAAAGCGAGCAAUGUCGCUAGUAGGGGUGAAUUAGGUAACUUCCCUCUGUUAAUCCCCAUAUUCAAAAGAUUAUUUUCUUACAUUAACCAUCUUAGUCAAUUACCAGAUACAAGUAUAGCGAAACAAACUUUUUACCUAUCAAAGAGACUUUACUCAAACGGCAAAGAUUCAUUCUAUUCUAAUGCUGCAAGCAUUAUUAAAAAGUUUCAUCCCGAUAUCGAAGAUACAAUAGAUAUUGAAAAAUUUGUUCAGGAUACAAACAUACACGAUUUUGUAAAAACCAUUGAAGAUAACUACACGACAUUUUGGAAAAACCAAAUUAAAAACUCUAGUAAAUUGUCAUUCUAUUCUACAUUUAAAAACCACUAUAACUUAGAAGAAUAUCUAAAUAUCAUUAAAGACCCUAAUCAAAGAAGACUGUUCUCAAAAUUUCGUAUAAGUAAUCAUAAACUAGAAAUUGAGUUCGGACGUUAUAGCGAUGUACCUCGACAGGAGAGACUGUGUAAAUACUGCAAUAAAAUUGCAGUUGAAGAUGAAUUUCAUUUUUCAUUUGAAUGUGAAAAAUAUGAGAAUUUGAGAAAUAACUCGCACAACAUCCUAAAAGACUAUUUCCAUAUGAGCAUCACUGAUGAAUUAAAGAGAAAAUUAUUAAGUGAUCUUAUGUCUUUGAAUGACCCUCUGAUAACAGAUCUUUUUCGGAACAUAUUUCGAAAUGUUUUUAUAUCAGAGACAACAGCCCUUAAACAAGAAGUCACAA